AUGCUCACGACGUCCGUGGAGACGACACUUACUGACGACGACCUGCUCUACUGCGUCUUCUCCUUCCUGCAGGCGAGGGAUCUCUCUGUGUCAGCCGCCGUCUGCACACAGUGGUGCCGCGCCGCAUCCGCGAACGACCUCUGGACGCCGCUCUGCACGACGCUGUGGGAGGGAAGACUCGUGCCGCGACGCUUCCUCGCGGAUCCUGACCGCCCGCGCAGAUCCUAUUUCGCCUCGCUGGAAGACUCGCGUCGCUGCGCCAUUAGCGCUGCGGAACUUGUCCACCUCGAGUGGAGGUUCAGCUUUGUCACCGAUCACCGCCGUCUUUUCGAAGGGGGAGUCGGCGAGCCGCAGCCACCUGGCGAGACCGCCAGCUUUCGGCCCGACUCGACCUUUGUCUCCUCCGUCGUGGGUGCGCCGUCCUCUGUGCGCGCUCUGCGGUGGUCCAUUGCCGCCGGCGGGCACGGCGUCAAGGUGGGCGCGUACCCCACUCUCGUUGUCACGCGCGACCCCACAUCGUGGGGCUGGAGCCUGACCAACCGGUUCGUGCAGCUUUCAACCGCCCACGGGGCGUGA